AUCUUCAACCCCCAUCCCUCCCUGCCAUUUUUGUUAUUUCCCUGUUCUCCAGCACCGACAUCAACACCAAUCCAGCGACAUCAUUCUUUCCCUUUCUCAUUUUUCUCUCUACUCUCCACCCUCCUCUUUCCUCCUUCCUCAUUUCCCUUUUCUUUCCCUUUUUUUUUCUUUUUCUUUUUCCUUUUCUUUUCUAGUUGGGGUUUAGAACCCAUAUUGGGAUUGGGGUGAAGAAGAUAAGAGAAAAUGCUGAGAACAACACUCCCAGUUGCACCGUCUUCUUCUUCGAUGCGUUGUCUUUCAGUUUGCAAACCUUCAAUGCGGUCGCCGUCUCCGAACUUCUCUUCUAUUCUCAUCAAUGGCGACAAUACCAGUGCUUCCAAUAAGGAUUCAUUAGAUGAAGAUGAUCGAGAGGAACUACGAGCUGCCUGCGGACUGGAUGGAUUGGGAGAAACGUGUCUAUACGAGCUACGAUUCGAUGAUUUGCAAGAUCAUGGGAGUGUUGUAGUCGCAGUUGAUGAACACUCGCCCCAGUGUCACGUUGGGGAUGAUGGUCCUGAUUGCGCUCAGCUUGUUGAUCUCUAUCGUCGUGGUUUUCUCUCAAUUGACGGAGAUGGCUAAGGGGAUUUUGGUCGCCGGCAUUGAUGCUGUAUUUUGAGAAAUUGAAAUUACAAAAUCAUUAUUUUUUUUCCACGUAAUUUUUCUAAAAUAAAAGUAUUAAUUCGUG